AUGUCUCCUUUUCUGCUCCUGAUCAACGUCAGUCUCACGUUUUGCUGGACUUUUCUCGAUAUCUUCAUCAUGAUCACUGGAAUCGCGAUCGCGACAAGAUUCACGCAAAUCACAGAAAGAAUCAGAAGAAUGGAGAAAAUGAUGAUUCCCAAUUCCUUCUGGACAGAAGUUCGCACGCAUUACUUGAUCCUCAACGAAUUGGUUCUUUACGUCGACGAUCGUCUUUCGCUGCUGAUCCUUCUGUCCUGCGCCAGCAAUCUCUACUUUAUCUGCCUUCAACUCCUCAACAGCUUCACAAACAACUACACAAACACCUUAUCGACGGUCUACUUCUGGUUUUCGCUCUUCUUCGUCAUGGGCAGGACAGUUUGCGUCCUUCUCUGCGCCGCUUCCAUUCACGAUUCCUCCAAGACGCCGCUGAAGACUCUCCGGAACGUUCCGACGAGGUUCUGGAGCGUCGAAUUGGGGCGCUUCAUCUACACCAUAACGAAGGACACAAUCGCUCUGAGCGGAAGAAGAUUCUUCUACCUCACAAAGAGACUGGUUUUGGCGAUGGCGGCGACCGUGGCGACUUACGAGCUUGUUGUUUACGAUCAAGUGACGAGCGCCGAAAGGCCGCCGGACAGUGAAACGCAUCCUUGCAACUGGACGCAUCAGGAAUAAGAGAAAGAGGGCGUUUUAUG